GUUAUUUUCUUGAACUAUAAACAAUUGAUGUACUGUAUCAUGGAUUCCUCUAUAUAACAUAUAAAAAAGAUCCAAAAUAUGUUACCAAUAUAUGGAUCUUAUUCUUGUUUUUCAGAAAUUUUGAGAAAAUAUGUUGAAUAACUCGGCUCUUGUUAACAUAACAACUUUAUUGGGGGUAGUACUUAGUCUGAAUACUACAGAACAUAUGAAUUUCACAACUGAUAUGACGAGGAGCAACUACUCGGAGCCUCUAAAUUCCACCACCGUCAAUCCAACAACUUUAAAGACAACACUUUCUCUUGAAGAGGGCGAUGAAGAAGCUGAACCAAGAAUUCUAACCAUGGAGGAUCAUAUCGAAUACAAGGCAAGUGAGGCUAUUUGGAAAUACGUAUCCCCAUUCUUAAUAUUCGGUGGACUUAUUGGAAAUACACUAUCAAUUGUCGUGUUGAUGUGUAGUAAGAUGCGUCAAACGACUUCUUCCUUGUACCUGUCUACACUGGCAGUUUCAGAUUCUCUAGUCCUUGUGCUUGGCCUUGGAAGACAUUGGAUGCGUUCUGUGGUUGGUACGGACAUUCGCGAAGUUGAAGAAUGGCUAUGUAAAGCGCAUUUAUUUCUUCUAUACUCAGCAGUGGACUUUUCUGCAUGGAUUCUUGUGGCUGUAACCAUUGAUCGGGUCAUCACCGUUUACUUUCCCCUCCAGUCUAAGCGCAUCAGUACAAGGACUUCCACGUGUGUAACCAUGGUUGUCAUUUUCGUCGUUAUCCUUCUAAUCAACGGCCACUUUUUGUUUACACACGGAACAUUCUAUUUAGAUUGGUAUGGAACAGUGUAUACUUACCUCUGUACCUAUAUCGACGAUAAUGAUUUCUUUCACAAUACAAUCUGGACUUGGCUGGAUUUGUCAGUGGCCUCCUUGGUACCAUUCCUGAUGCUUAUCAUCUGCAAUACCCUCAUCAUCGUCAAGUUGAUGCGAUCACAGAAACGCCGACAAGAAAUGAACGUCAGUUCAUCUAGGACUGACCACACGAGGUCCAUGACCAUCAUGCUUUUGGCCAUUAGUUUUAUAUUUGUCAUCCUGACAAGCCCCAUCGUCAUCUACCUGAAGGGACAUCAAGAAUCCACCAAGGAUAGAAGUCCUCUUGCGGAAGCACGAGACAAACUCGUCUGGGCAAUUGUUAAUAUGUUCCUCUACUUGAACAACGCAAUCAAUUUUUUCAUGUAUUGUUUGAGUGGCGGUCGAUUCCGGGAAGAGAUGAGAAAGUUAUUUUGUUGCGUUGGCAUUGGUAUGCAACGGCAGACCUCGUAUACCGGAGGCUACACGAAACAAUCAUCUUUAAAUGGAUCCACCACGCAAACAGUUCCGACAGUCAGUUCUGAUGUAUCCCGGAAAACGGCUGACGUCACCACUAAACUCUAACUAUUUGUAUAUAACGGAAUAUAGAUCUGCAAAUGUCGAAAUAAACAGACAUCAGACGAUCUUCAUUGUAUACUUAGAUCUGAAUAAUGCGCUCCGAAAACCAUUGCCAUCUAUCUAAAACCAAGUAAGGAAUACUCCAUUUGAUGAAAUGACUGGCCAUGCACGGAAAGGUUCGUGAGAGAACUGCCAUUGGACACGUGUUUCAAUAUGAUGUGCGUAAUUUUAUACAAAUCUUUGAUCAGUCAUAUACAAUGAAGUACGACUUUAUGUCUCAGCUCCGCACUUUGUUUUCAUUUACGAGAACACACUUGCGAGUAAGCUGUACUUCAUUACAUUCCUCGAUUCUACCAGACUGUGAGCUAUCUGUUCUUCCAUUGUGAGGGUUGGUCAAAAUAGUAUCGAAAUGAAUUUGUGUGUGUAUUUGUAUAUAUUGUAUGAGGAAAACUCUAGUUUCCUAUUCACACCGGAAUAGCCUGACAACGGUAAAGUCAGAUACCGUUGUCACAAAUGGCGGACAUAACCGUCGCUUCAACUGUUUAAUCACUUGGUCAUCGUUUCAUGGGACUUUAUCGUCUCUAAUUUUGUGCAUGUAUUAAGC